AUGACCCACUGUAACCCAGUCUCCACACAUGUUGAUGCUCGCUCCAAAGUUUCCGCUCAUGAUGGUCCGCCUUUCCCUGGCCCAUCCCUAUAUCUCAGCCUUGCUAGAGCCUUGCAGUAUCGCACCCUAACAUGCCCCGACAUUGCCUAUGCUGUCCAACAGCUCUGCCUCUUCAUGCACGCUCCCUCCACCACUCAUUUUCUUCUCCUGAAGCGUGUUCUGCGAUAUCUGAAGGGCACAUCUCACUUUGGACUUCAGUUAUACUGCUCUUCCUCUCAUGACUUGAUAGCCUACAACGAUGCAGAUUGGGCUGGAUGCCCGGAUACCAGAAAGUCCACCUCUAGAUUUUGUGUAUUCGUGGGAGACAAUCUUGUGUCAUGGUCUUCGAAGCGGCAAGCCACGGUCUCGCGCUCAAGCGCUGAAGCAGAAUAUUGCGCCGUGGCCAACUGCGUUGCUGUAUCUUGUUGGCUGCGUCAGCUUCUCCAAGAACUCCACUGUCCACUGAGUCGAGUCACCGUUGCAAGACCUCAGAUCUUGGCUUCCAUGUCAUUCUCCGCCAGCACCACGAAACGAGAACGUGUUCCAUGA